AUUCAUUUCACAUUUAAUGGAAGAGGUAUCGAGGCAUGGUCUGUAAGGCAUGAGAAUGAAGAAGAGCAUAUAGGAUUAUACGUGAUUGUUCAAAAAUACUUGAAAAAUAAACGCUGUGAGAUAAAGUUAAAGAUGGAAAAGUUUG